AUAUAUAUAUAUAUAUAUAUAUAUAUAUUUUAGUAAGACUCUUUAUUUGUAAUGGUUUGAACGUGUAAGAUAUUACAGGUUGGAAAAAUUAUUUCAAUUAUUGAAAGCAAAAUAAUAUUUAGAGUCGUCACGAAGGACAAUUCUCAGUUAAAAGUGAUCUACGAGUUCGUAAUAACGGCACAUACGAAUUUCUAGAAACAAAUAAUCAAAUUUCUUUCUAGAUUCUCGGUAUAUUUUUAUUUAUAUCAAUUUUGACUGUGUAUUUUUAAUCUAUAUUGUUUUUAACAUAUUAAAGAGAUACGCGUGAAAAAAUAAAAAAAAAUGGAGGAGGAAAGUGAGUAUUAGGCCAGGUAUAAUUUCAUUUUUUGCAAUAUUUGUCUUUAUCCUUUUAAUAAGCAAAAUUUAUGAUUUCUAAUAUGUACAAGAGAAACGCGUAACAUAUUUUUUAUUUUGAUUUUGUAGAAGUAAGUUUAAAUAAUAAUUCUAACUGUACAAUCCUUUCCUUAUCGAGUGGAUUUAACAACAUAUACGAAUCUUUGAACAAGAAAUAUGAAACUUCUCUGACCAAAUUAGUUUGCAAUAAUCAAAAACAAAAAAAGGGAAAGUCGUAUUUUAGCGAUGAUUCAGAUAGCACUAAAUAUUUGUGGGAAGAUAUCAGUAAAGAAAAUAUCAAAUGUAAUGCCGAGGAACAAAAUACUCGUGUUACAGAUUCCAAUUGUAUAAAAAAUACAAAUACAACGGAUUUUGUUGAAAAUAAAAACGUUCCUUUACGAGUUUUAAUAAGGCAGAUGUUGGACGAAGCCUUUGGAAAACCUUGUAACGUAACCAACGUUAAUGAAGAUAGAAUAGAUUUGCAAAAUACAAAUGAUAAUAAAAUCAGUUCUAAGCAGUCAUCAUUAAUGUUAAUGAGAGAAGAUAGUAUAGACUCGAAAAAUAAAACGAAUAAUUCUUCGUCGUCUAACGAAACGUCUUUGGAUUGUGUAAAAUACAUAGAUAAUAAGUUAAUCUCUAUAGAAGAAGAAUCAGUGAAUUUUUCAUCUAAUCAUAAUACUAUUGAAUACACGGGAAUGUAUUUAAGUAGAUUAUUGAAAUUCGAAGGGAAAUCUACUGAACGAAUUAAAAACAACGAUAUUGCGUCGUUGGAAGACGAUAAUGAUAAUUCUACAAAUUACGCUAAAUUUAAUAAAGAUUUUUUACGCUCUUCGGUUUUACAUGAUAUAGACGAAAAUGAGGAAAAAGAAUGUGAUGAUUCUUUGCACUGUAUGGAUUUCAUGAAAACUGAGUUACCAGUAAAUCGAGAAAUUAAUAUCGAAAAUAAAUUCGUAACUAAAAUUCAAAGUAUAAUAAAUUCUUCAAAUAAUUUAAAUUUCAAUAGUAGCGAGGAAAAAACUACAGAUUUUUUUAAUAUUUCGAAUAACGAAAACACUGUAGAAAAGAAAGAAAUGUUUCAUAAAAGAUCAAACUUAUCAAAAAGCAAGGAAACGAAAGAAAUCUCUUUGACUGAUAAUAAUUCUAUUGAUAUUGAUCAGUCUACGAAGAAUAAAUCGAAAUUUACCAGUAAAAUAACUAUAAACUUGCAAAAAUCUUACAAAAGACAACGUCAAUCUAUUACGUUGUUUCAAAUAAAAUUGUCUAAACGUACACCUAAAUUAUCUAUGAAUACGAAUAAUAAAUCGACUAGAACUAUUAUCCCUCGCAAUAACGUAGUAUUAGAAAAAAAACAAAUUAAACAUACGAAUAUUUCUUCUACGAACGUAUCUAACACAAAGAAAACUACAAAGAUCCCGAAAGUUCAACAGAAUCGAGGUAAUCAUUUUAUUAAUAUUUCGUUCUCAUUUCUAAGUAAAUGUAUUUUUUGUAAAUUUUUUCAAACUCUUCAAAAAAGUAUUUUUGUUUUGUCAGCAAAGUUAUUUAAAUCGCGUGAAAUUAAUAAAAAAAAACAGAUGUUGAUACCACAAUUAAUACUCACACCUGCCAGUCCUGAGAAUAGGGAUUAGUUAUGGAUCUAUCUUUGUAAAAAUUUGCAAUUUAGUUGCAAGUUAAAAUUAAUCAUUGUUUUUAUUAAAAAAAAAUAUAUAAUUAUCGAAAUAAUUGAAAUAUUCAGAAGAUAUAAAUUAUCGUUCCUAUAAUAAAUUAAACAGUGAAUUGGUU